GAUAAAAAACUGGCUGAAAAAGAUCUAAAAAGCCGCUUAAGUCAUUUAGAAGUUGUAGAAAUUAGUCGACACUCAAAUCGUAAAAUGUGGCAUGCAUAUGAGCUUAAAAACCGUAAGAAUAAUUAUUAUAAUGAAUAUGAUCCAUCUGAAAUUGAAGAUAGCAUGUUUGAUUACUUCAACACACUCCAAAUGAAAAUGCACAUCAAAUCAGAAGUUUAUAAUGACGUAACGUACAUAGUUAUUCGUGAAAAGAAGUCACAUCGUUUAUCGCCAAUUUGCAUUGCAUUAUUUUUGGAACAAGAUCUGUUUUUUUGUUCAAAUAAAUCAGUAACAAAAGAAUUCUUACUCGCUGUCGUUAAAAGUACUGGCUACUCUGAAUGUAAAAAGAUACUACUGAGUGGUAAGAAUAUUAGUUCACUUAUUAAAAUUCAUAUUACAAAUAAACGAAAUGCUGUCGAUGGAAAUGACAUGAGUGUUGAUGAAGAAUUCGAGGAAGCCCCUGGAGUUGUCAGCAACAUGGGGAUCGAUUUCAAACAAAAUCAAAAUCGAAGAGAGUAUCUAGAGAAACAUUUGGGAAGUGAUGAGAUUAUUUUGGAGUCAUUAAUAGUAAAAAAUCGGAAUGUGCCGUGGGCUAAUCCAAAAAUCGCGGAAAAAUUACCGGAAGUUAAAAUUAACAUGCAAUGGGAAUUCAAAAGCACAAAUCUGAAAAAAUUUUUAUCUGAAUGUACAGAUCAAAGAGUUCUUGUAACACCACUACCAGAUUAUGCCAAGCAUUUUCUCAAGUCGGGUAAAAAUGAGUUAACUGUGCAACGAGAUCGUUAUAACAAUGACUUAUAAUUUUUGUCUAGUAUUAUUUUAUUUACAUUUACAUGUUAAUAUAUUAGUAAAUAUUUUAUGGUAUUGAAAACCUUAACAUGCUAUGUAUUAAAAUUAAUUUAAUUUAUAUUUUUUUUGCCCUCCUAGCGGA